CCUCCCGGUUGUCAUAGUGAGACCGCGUCCACUGAGGCUCGGGGUCUCAACUGCUGCAAUCUAUAAUAGAAGCAGGCACCAUGGAGUACACUGGGAGCCAAUAUAUCGGGGAAUAUGUAGAUGGGAGGAUGGAGGGCAAAGCGGAAUACAUCCUCCCUACUGAAACACGAUACGUUGGGGAAAUGAAGGACGGCAUGUUCCAUGGAGAAGGAACCCUGUACUUCCCCAGCGGGAGCCGAUAUGAUGCCACCUGGGAAAAAGGAUUGGUCGUAAAGGGCAGGUACACCUUCUCAGACGGGCUGCAGUACGACGGGGAGAACUGGCACUACUGCGACAGCUAUGACCGGAGGUUUUACACCGAGAUCUGCCAUGGCUUGAAGCCUGCAGGUAUCUCUCAACUCACCAAUAUGGACCCACCUAGAAAAAUCCCCAAAGGCUGCUAUGACUGUGGAGACGGCUUCUACAACCCAGCCACCAGAGUCAUCAAGGACUACGGGAACCACUUCCUGAGGAACGCAGAUGAUGACGAACAUGAGUGGAUCAUUCGUACCUGUCGAAAGGGCUGGGACGAGAUUGUGGGACGCAGGCCCAAGCUGUGAACUCGGAGGCUGCCUCCACCCCACCAGAAUUUUCCGUUUGCCCUCCUGGCACUGGCUAGGCCCAGGCAUGGGAGGCAGGGUGCACGUGUUUGUAGUUCUAGAACCUGGCUUUUGACUCACGAAUAAAAGCUUCCUGCAGCAAGCGGCAUAGGGGUGUUUUCCUUAGAAGACUGUUUCUCAGAUGCCAUCCUCAUUUCAUCUGCAUCAGAAUCACCUGGGCAAAAUCAUGAACUAUAGCUAUUCCCAGACCUCACCCUAGGCCUGCUAAUCCAGAAGCUCUGGGAGUGGAGCCAGUGUGGUGCCAUAGAAACAAUAGGGCUUUGGCAUCAGAUACCUGGAUUUAAAUCCCAGCUCGAUCACGGGUAUCAUGUAACCUUAGGCAAGUCACUCUCUAAGCCUCACUUUUCUUAUCUAUAAAAUGGUUAUAAUGAUAAAAUCAUUUAUAAUGAUAAAAUGUUUAAAAUGGCAGAGUAGCUGUGUGAUUUGAAUGCAAUAAGACAAGCAAAGGACGUGGUGCUUAGCAGGUACUCAAUAUGUGUCUACUUUAAAGAAUAAUUUGUUAGCUGCAUAUAAUCUUCCCUCAAAAUCACUGCAGAGAUUACAGUCGUCCACGAGGAAGCAGCACCAUGUUCUAGGGCCACUCUGGGGCCACAGCAUCCUGGAUCUUUGUAUAAGAGUCUCUCCAUAGAGACUGCUGAAUCACAUAGCAUCCCACUCCCCUGCCAUGUUGUGUCCUCUGGCACUGCCCAGGGGAGGCAGGACAGUGAGUCAGGCUUGGGAGGGCUCUGCUGCAGUCUGCAGGGGGAGGACCCUGAACCUCAAACUGGGAUGGAGCCAGGAGCCAGAGUGAGGCUGGGUCCACCCUCGGCUGAGACUUGGGGGAAUUACCUUUCCCCCUGAGGUUCCAGUCACCUGGGUAGAAUGACAGAGUUAAGUACCACCAGUGAUUCCCAAACUGUUUUCAAGUACAGUACACUCUGGGAAAGACUAAUCUAUUUUCAAAGAUAGGUAUGUAUCUAUCUAAGUCAAUGUUUGAAAAACGGAUUGGAAAAAUAGAAUAGGAAUGGGCAGAAAUGGAGUCAGGGAUGGAGGAUAAAAAAAAAACAAAAACUAAUAAUAAAGAAAGAGCCUUGCCCUCAUGGCCUGUGCACCAUGACCCAAAGUUUACGAGCAGCUCAUUUCUGUGCAGGGCCACGGGGCUGGGGAAGCCUCCACACCCAACAGGGUAGCUCCGCUCCCACACUAGGAGCUUUGAUUUGAACAAAUUAUUUUGGUGCUGAAAGAAAACUUGACAAUCACCAGAAAGAUGCUCUCUAUCACUGUCCAAAUUACAUGGUGGCUCUGGAACCUGACCAGCCACUAUGAAACCCAGUCUUGUGCAGAAGCUGGGGGCCUGUUGCCCAUCCCAUUUUCCCUUAACUUUGCCUUAUCAAAUUC